ACAAGUCGUCAGAGAAUAUCACCACAUAGUGGUUGCGCAUUUACUGAAUUGUAUUCAAAGUUGGCACGUGAAAAGGGUUAGAUAUGCGUAGUAGGUGCUCCGUAGAGAUGGACCAUUAGAUUUUUGUAUAUGGACUACGUGUAGGUUAAAGGCAGUUAUAUUAACAUUUUAAUUAACUUUAUAUUUUAAUAUUAAAGUGGAACGUUCUCAGAACUCAUUAGACACAUGGACUUGAAACCUUGGAACCAUCGAGCCCGUUUACUGGAACUGACAAUAUUGUGGUACUGCUUUAUGGAUCUUGAUGCAAUAGAGGAGGCCAGACAAUGCAAGGAGCACGAGUACAGAACAACAGCUAGAAACUGUCUACCCUGCAUACAAUGUGACUCAGGACAGGAGUUAUCCACGGAAUGUGGCUUUGGCUUCGGAGACGGUGCCCGCUGUGUGCCCUGCAGACCUGGGCGCUUUAAGGACGACUCUGGCGUCCAGAAAUGCAAACCCUGCCUGGCAUGUGGCCGUGCGAGUCGCCUCCAGACAUCCAACUGCACCGCCACCAUCAAUGCUGUGUGUGGUGACUGUCUGUCUGGGUUCUAUAGGAGAACCAGGUUGAGUGGGUUUCAGGACAUGGAGUGUGUACCUUGUGGAGACCCUCCCCCUGCUAAUGAGCCUCAAUGCACCAGCAGAGUGAACCUGGUCCCCCUGUCAUCUGCGGUGUCCAGCCCCCAUGACAACGCUCUGGCUGCGGUCAUCUGCAGCGCCCUGGCCUCGGUCCUCCUGGCACUGCUGCUGCUCUGUGCCACCUACUGCAAGAGACACCUGGAAAGGAAACCUCAUGAGCCCUGCCAGGAAGGACACUGUGAUGCAGAGUUCUCCUGCUUGGAACAUAUCCAGGUCCAGCACCUGCCAGACUCUUACCAACAGAACAGCUGCAACUGUUACCAUGUCUGGGGCCAUACCUCCAGAGUGUUGCACUGUCCAUGUUGUGAUGAGCCUUGCAGUGUGGGUCAUAUCAGUAGCUACUGUCUCUGCUGUUCUCAGAUCAGCUAUGACGACAGCUUCUCCAAUCCAGGGAGUGAGACAUUCUCUGGAUGUCAGAGAUUCGCUGGCAAGGAGGUACAGAUGGAACUACAGGAGAACACUACUGUGUGAGGAGAACCACCAUUCCCAGGAGGAGCCUGAAGACAUUCCCACAGAGGAGAUAAGAGACUAGAGGAUGGUUCGUCAGCUAGUGAGGUCAGGUGCUAGAGGAUACACACUAGUAGAUUUGAUCUUACAAUAUUGGAAAUCUGGGGAUUUAUAAUGGGCAGAGAGGAAUUAUUUGAUUAAAAGGGUAACGUUGAAGAUCCUUGUCUACCUUGAGAGCAGACCAAAUGUCACCAGGAAACAUAAAUACUUCGGCAAAUAUCGUUGCACUCACAGUAAUCUGUACAUAUAAUUUGAUUAAAACAUUUCAAUAAGUCAUUUAACUGUCAUCUUUGACUAUUGUAAUUUAUUGGUUAUGAUAAGGUUAAGAUUCUGCAAUAAUGUUAAUGUCACAGACGCAUGUAUAUCUUCUUUUCCCCCCAAUUCUAGCAUUAUCCUGGCAUUAUUUCCCCUCUCAUGCAGGCCCACUUGUGAGGCUGUUUUCAAUAAUGAACUUUUGCAUUCAGUGAAUAAAUGAUUGGAGUGAAGCUUGAUUCUAUCCCAGUGGAGUGAAGCCCUUUGAGGCCGGUGCAGUCAGACCGCUUCCUCUCAUCUCCGCUCCAGUGAGUCUUGAUUACCUGUCAUCCCUCCAGGAUCCCUCAAACACAACACAGAUGCCUCCUUAUCCUCCAUGUCAAAACACUGGCAGGGUGACAGCCAGUCUGGGAACCACCACUCCACAUGCCCCCAUUCUACUUCUGUCCGCCUUGAUAGGGUUUUCGGUUUCCAAUUGUUGUAAACGCAGUCAAUGAAGCUGGAGUUUCUUACAUUUCACGUAAAAUCUGUUUUAUUUCAAUCCAUUGUAUUCAUAUCCUGGUGGAUAGGAACUUCACAUAGAACUGCAUUCACACUAAAUUAUAUGAACUAAUUUCCUCAUUCUCACUCCAUGCAUAAUAAA